AUGGCUGUGAUGUCUGUACAAAGUCCUUCAUUUAAAGAAAGUAACCUACUUAUGCACAAACGUAUUCAUACAGUAGAGAAACUAUACCGUUGUGACGUUUGUGGUAAAUCAUUCUCUUGCAGUAGUAAGUUAUCUGCACACAAACGUUCUCAUACAGGAGAGAAGCCAUAUCAUUGUGAUAUCUGUGGAGACAACCGAUAUCAGUGUGAUAUUUAUGGUGAGUCAUUUUCUGAACGUAGUAACUUAACUAGGCACAAACACAUUCACACAGGAGAGAAAGCAUAUCAUGAUAUCUGGUAA